AUGGUGAUUCCCCAAACAGGAUUCUAUACCGGCUACGUGGCCGGCGCUUUCACGCUUGGACGUUUGCUGAGCGGGUACUUGUGGGGGUACGUUUCCGAUUCCGUAGGGAGGAGACCCGUGAUUCUCGUCGGGCUAUCGGCUACUGCGGUGCUGUCGCUGACAUUUGGUCUAUCCACCACCUAUGAGCUCGCCAUUUCGUCCAGGUGGGUUGUGGCCACGGUGGGUCCUGGCAGAAGUUGCGGAAGGUUCGUCCUCGGGAUCAUGAACGGCAUCACGCCCGCGGUCAGGACCACCGUGUACGAAGUGUGCGGGACCAAUUCGCACGUGGUGCAAGCGAUGGCCUACAUCGACGGUGAGGCGUACCCAGAAAAACCUAAGCGAGUGGGCGCGUCGAUGGGCCCUCAACUUGUGGCUGAUGUCGAACGUAGUGACUGCGGGAAGACCGCGGAAAUUCUCUUCCUCAAUGUCGUGCACCCUCCCCCCGCUGCUUUUACAUCAGGUUCCAGAGCUGGUACUAUAGUCUUCGGCUCGGCUAUGGGGGGACUCUUGGCGCAGCCGGUUGAUCACUACCCGAGCGUGUUUUCUGCCACAGGUCUGUUCGGGAGGUUUUUCAGUUGGACGCCCCACUCGCACAUCCCGUCCAGAUUUCCUUUCCUGCUUCCGAACCUCGUCGGGAUGGGUGCGGCGCUCUUGCUCUUGCCGACAGUGAUUGCGUACGUUCCCGAAACUAAGGAUUUCGAGAAGAACCGUUCAAGAUCGAGAUUUCGUAGGUCCCUGGAGCACGGGGACGUGUCUGCUCAGCAAGGAGCACAGGAACCCCGCGGCAUGAAUGAUUCCGGAGGCCGAGCGAAGCACAAGGAAGGUGGCCUCGAUGCUUGUGAACCACCCGUCACCAGCAAUCGAGAACAGCAGGGGCAUUGCGGCCCUGGCGGCUUGUUGUCCGUGCCGAGGGUUAAGCCCCUGUUGUUUCUCGUGUGUGUUGUGCAGAGCCUCCUUGCGGGCUUUGAAGAGGUGUUUCCUCUCUGGGCGCUCUCCACCGUGGGUGUUGGGGGGCUGGACUGGGGCACCAUGGAGAUCGGCAAGGUUCUGUUCGUGUCGGGUUGUAUUAUGGUCGUGGCUCAGGUGUUCAUAUUUCCGUCGGUGAUCAAGAUUCUUGGAGCGGUGACGUGGAUGCGUACAGGCUGUCUACUAGGCAUCUGCACCUUCCUUGCUACCCCGAACGCCAAGCUCUUCAGCUGGAACUACACCACGCUGUUCGUAGCGUCGGUUGCGAGUGUGACUAUCGUCAACUGUAGCUUGGCAGCGGUGGGCAUCGCGUUGGCAGUGGCGUCGACUGACAUCGUAUCCUCCAGAUUGCGGGGCAAGCUCAGCGGGCUAUACGGCACAGCUGAGAGCUUCGGUCGGUUCGCCAGUGCCGUUGGCUCCGCGGUCUUGUUCGCGUGGUCAAUUUCUUCCGACAACCUUGGUUGGGUCGACCACCGGUUUGUUUUCUACUCAUCCGCUCUUGCCCUGGGUGUUGCGACGGUGGUUGCAUGGCGCACUCUUCCUGCAGAGAUUUCGGGGGAUAAACCCGCUGCUGAAAACGUGGAGGAUGUGAUCCAUGAUGCUGGCCUUACGCCCAAAAGUGAUCCAAAAGUAUUUGUUUCCUGCUCUCGACCCACGGGAAAGAUGGACUUGAUAUAAGAUACGUAUGGCAGCAGCCAGCUGGGCUUUGACAUCAUUGGACUUUGACUAUGACGGAAUCAUGACCCAAUCAUCACUCGGUCAUGAUCGGGUCAUGACCCAGUCAUCGAGAUGGAGUCAUGAUCUCGAUCAUGAUCUCGAUCAUGACCAAAGUCAUGCCUCGGUUAUGUUUCCGUUACGACUUGGUCAUGACUAAGCCAUGACCGAGUCAUGGCCAGUGGUGACUAAUGCAAUUCUGGUACUCCUUACCAACAGAUUAUGUGGUUUGGCAGAAGCAUGAACCCCUUGCACCAACCCCAACCCUAACCCUAAGCCCACACGAUAGGCGGUAGGUUGACGAUGGGUGGAUAAGUUCUGGGUGGGGGUGCCGCCAUAGGUGCUACUGUAGGUUUGCGUUGAUGCAGUAAAUCAAGGCAGACCCUCGGGUCAUGGUUGGGUGAUGACAAGAUCAAGUCUCGGUCAUUGUGCAUUCAUCAUGACCCAGUCAUGGCACAAUGACACAACCACGACUCGGCCAUGGCUAGAUCAUGAUCGGGUAAUGAUCCAGCAGACUGAGGGGAAAUUCCUGGGAAAGUGAGAAACAACAAACGAAGUCAUGACCCGGUCACGACUCGGUCAUGAUCCGAUCAUGAUCCGAUCACUGAAAGCCGAGUCAGGAUCACGACCGAGUCACGAUCGGGUUAUGAUCGGGACAUGAGUGUGACCCGAUUAUGAUCGCGAUCAACGGGCUAUAAAUGUCACUCACUGAGAGCUUCAAGGUU